AUGGCGCAAGGCCAUCCCACGUUGCUGAACGGCACGGGGCAUCAUUCCCCCGCCGGAGCAUCAGGCAAUGAGCUGUCAACUAUCCAGCAACUUGAGAAGAUCUUGCAGUUUCGCGACACGAUUGUCUCGGGUCAUCACCCAACUAUCAAGGCCCCCCCUGGCGUCGCGCCGUUAGCACAGUCGUCACCAAGCUCCAAGCUCCAAGACGCGUCGCUGAACCGCGAAUGUAGCGCGAAUAACCAACAGUCUUGUUCAGCAAAUGCAGCCGCCGUGGUAGCUCCCCCCACCGCGUCACCCAGCGGACUCGCUUCCAGACGAGUGUAUGGGUUGGGAAGCACCGAAAUCAAUCCCAUCCUCCUCCAGAAGUCGGACGAGCUGAUCAGAGCCGAAUUUCAAGCACAGAGAGCGCGUCUAGAAAGAGCCAUCAAGGAGGAAGCGGAACAGCAGCGUCGCGCCAAGCAAGAGAAGCCAGAACCAUACAAUGACUUGAAUCUGUCAGAGGUGCUAGCGAAGGCUUUGACCUUGGUACAGGCUCAAGCGCCUGAGAACACUCUGCUUGAUGAUGAAGGCUUGACUGCUAACGAAGAAGUCGCAAGUGAUUCGUUCGAUAACGAGACCUUCUACUCGUCACGACACGACACACCCGAGUCGAAUUUGACAUCACGCGUUCGCAGGGACUCGGAAGACAACCAGCAAAGGGUCGCACAUGGACAGAAGCGUUCACAGCAUGCAGACACCGCGCUGUCCCAUCCAGUCCCCGAGCCCCAGAGGCCGAUUCAGCCCUCGUUCAUACCCAGUCUACCUCAGGCACAGCCCUUGCAUACGAGCAAUGGCGGGGUUAGCUCGAACGGUGGCGGGGCGCCAUAUCAGGUACCUGGAUUGAACAACUACGCAAAGCAAAACGCCAAUGCGGGUUCAGCUUCAGGCCAAGCCGGAGUUGGAUGGUCGAAUGACACUGUAGGGCCAGAAGCGGCUGUGCAAAAGCCGGCAUCCAGAGCAAACGAUGCUCUGAUGGACCCCGAUGACUCAGAUAGCUAUACGCCGUCGCCUCUGCUCAGUCCCAUCGACCCAGCGCCGACUGUCGCCCAAUCUGCUUCUGCUCCAUCGUAUCCUGUAGAAGAGCCGGCCCCGCCAGCAUCUGGGUUGGGCAGCAAGACCUACUCAUUCGCACCACCAGCCCAAGUUUCUGCUCUUCGUAACGAGCCUAUCGCGAUUAACAGUCCGGAUAGCUCCCCCCAGAGUGGCAGGAGCACCGACAGGAAGAAAGGGAAAAAGAAGAAGAGGAAGGCUGACAGGCAAGCGCCUGAGGAUGUCACUCCACACAUCAAACCCGAGCCUCGUUCCCAGUCUCCAAUCUCUGCCCCCAACGUAAUCAUCCGAUCGAACAAGCGCCAAAAGCAGGCGCAGCAGGUGGCGGAAGGGUCUGACCGUGACAGCAUUGUGGUCCCAGUCGCCCAUCAGCCACAAUAUGCUCACCCAUCUCACUGGGGUGAGCCUGUGUCCGCGGCCUAUGGCGGUGCCCACGGUUAUGCUUAUUCACCAGUUGUCACAGAGAGGCGACACAGCGGCGGGUACGGCGGCGUGCCACAACCCCGAUUUGAGACCCAGCAAUAUCCCCAUUACACCCAAGAUGUCCCUGCUGGCGUGGCAUAUCCUCCACGGGCAGUAUCCCACGUUGCGGUGGAUGAUAGCUAUAGGACACCCGUGCGUUACUACAACGACCAGACCGAGACAUCUAGGAUGAGCGUGCGCCCUGACACCAUCCAAUACGCCGGGCAGCCUAUGCCUUUGCCCUCUAGGAUCGUUGUAGACGAGCACGGGCGAGAAUAUCUCGAGCCGCCUCGCCUAGCAGCGCGUCAAUCUGUGGCGCCACCGUCGACUCAAGGAGCUGGUGUGGUCUAUGAGCAGGACCCUCGCGGGGUUUCCCGGCAUCCACCCCCCUUCGAUGAGAGAACCAUCGCUUACUCUCGCGCGCCCUCCGCAUAUCCUCCGCCACGGCGCGUGGUUACCCAGCCCGAGUACGUAUCGUACAACGCGCCGGCCGAAGGACGUCCCAGGGAGUACUCAGUGCGGCCUGCUGGCGGCCCAGCUGAAUACGUGCAGCUCAUGCCGCCUCCAGGCCGCCACCCUGGCCCUGAACCAUCGCGAGAGUAUGUUGCAAGAGCUGCGAGUGCCCGCCCUCCAGAGCCUACACACUACGAGCUGCCUCGUGAGUACGGUCGGAUGCAGAGCGUGAGGCCUGAGGGAGCACCUUCAGGUUUGGAGUAUGGAGGCAUGGGGCAACCUCAGGUCAGCAGGGAAGCGCCCCGACCCUACAUGGUUGAAUACGCUCAGCCCCGGGCCGAGCAGCCAGUGUACCAGCGCAGCUACAGUGUCCGCCCUCCAGAAGGCUACUACGAGCAGCCGCAGCCGCAGCCGCAGCCGCAGGCCAGCACUUAUGUCGAGCGUCCGCAAGGGGCGCCUACAAGCGUUAUGUAUGCGCAAGAUAAUAGACCAGGACUGUACCGAUAA